AUAGAUGAUAUCGUGCAAAGUCCAGCAUAUGAUCACCUACCACCAGUCUCCUACAGUCUCCUAAUUGUGAUUUUAUCAUAAGAAAUAGUGGUUAUAAUCACAAAUAUCAGAAUCAUCAAAGCCAAACGGCCAUUCCACACAGCGUAACAAUUUCCUAGAGAAUGAGGAUCUUGAUAACCAUUGGCCUGUUCUUAUCGGCAAUGGGCGUGGUCCAUUGUAUCGAUAGCAGACUAAAGACCAUCCCCGACAAGUACAUCGUGGUCCUCAAUGAUGGCGAGGUGAUGGACUCGUUACUCAACCGAAUAGAGCAAAAUAUGGUUCCUCUCUCGGGCAAGUUUUCUGUGUUUAGGAAAUAUCGCAAAGCACUUAAUGGAUUCGCUGUUGAGAUGUCAGAAGAUGUUGCUCAAAGGGUACUCGAAUUACCUGCUGUGAAGUAUAUCGAACAGGACUCUAUCGCUAUCGUUGAUGUUGCUUCAUCAUCGUGGGGACUUGACCGCAUCGACCAGCACGACCUCCCCCUCGAUAACGAUUUCGACAUCGAAGGUGACGGCGAGGGUGUGACGGUGUAUGUGUUGGAUACUGGGGCUCGAGAAACUCAUGAAGAGUUUGGAGGCCGACUGAGGCACGGUGGAGAUUACGUCGGAGACGAAUGGAACAGCAUAGAUUGUCAUGGACACGGGACACACUGUGCAGGUACUGCAGCGGGAGGUAUCCAUGGCAUUGCCAGGAAAGCGGAUAUCGUAUCUAUCAGGAUGUUCAACUGUGCUGGCAGCAGUACAGCAUCCGCCAUGAUCGGAGGUAUCGAUGAAGUAACUGAAACCGCAGUGCAUCCCGCCGUCAUGUCAAUGUCGUUCCGGUCUUUUCGGAAUCAGGCACUUGACGACGCCGUCGCCCGUGCCGUCGACGCCGGGAUCGUUGCCGUAGCUGCAGCUGGUAACGAAAACGCUGACGCCUGCUUAUAUUCUCCUGCUCGGGAACCAAAGGCAAUCACUGUUGGGGCUACUGAUAGGGCUGACCACAGGGCGAGUUUCUCUAAUUUUGGUUCUUGUUUAGAUAUUUACGCCCCCGGUGUUGACAUCGUCAGUUCUUCGCCUGCCUCUGAUAGUGCUAUUGCUAUAUGGAGUGGUACCAGUAUGGCUACACCACAUGUUGCCGGUGCUGCUGCCGUUCAUCUCGGUAAUGGAGUUCCUCCCGCUGAAGUCCUAACCCAUCUUCUUCAAGACGCUUCUCAAAAUGUCAUCUACAACAACGAACUCUCUCCGAACAGACUUCUUUAUCUGAACUGAAGGGGAUGAUAUUCAAAUUGGAAACAAGAACAGUAAUUCAUAUAUCAACAAACGAUCACCCGAAUUGGACAAUCUGUAUACAUGUAUACACUAUCAAAUUUAAUCUUUAAAACUGAAUAUCAACCAUGUCAGCGGAAUCGCACAAUCUGUCUAUAUGAAGUAUCAAAAUUUAUCUUUAAAGAUUAUCUAAUGUAGUUGUAGCAAACAAUGAUUAAUUGAAAAUGUCUAUAAAAUCGAGACCAAUCGACAGAAUACAGUGCGUAUAAAAAAACGGGACAGUUUUGAAAAAUCUAUAAAAAAAUUGUUUCAAAUUAUGAUAUCCAUAUUUUGAUGUUAAUAGAUGCUCUGAAAUCUUAUCUUUGAAAUGAUAUUAAAAAAAAAUAAUUUUCUUCAUGCUUGAACGAACACGGGACAUUUUUGUUCGGGGUUCAAAAAGGGGCUUGCGCCAAAAUAGCAGAAAUGAGAAAUUUGAUGAUCA